AUGACCGAGUCUUCGGAAGUUCUUAUAUUCGAUCCACCGGACAUAUUAAUGUUCAAUGGACAACUAGGCCUUCCAUGUAACGCCAUAUUGAAAGUUUUGAAUUCUUCUAAGACUAACGUGUACUUUAAAGUCGAAGUUUCUGAAUCAACACUUUAUGUUACAGAACCAAAUGAAGGAAUCAUCGAAGCAUUCGGACUUCAAAUAAUUCGGUUCACUUCAAAUAAAUUAAGUUUAGAUUAUGCAAAACAUGAAAUCAAUGUUUUAUCAACAGUUCAACAUACGAACGUGGAAUAUUAUACUAAGAAAAAGCUAACAGUAGAUAUGAUCUCAAACCAAAAAGAUGUUCAAUCUAUUGAUAGGCGUGCAUUACAGCAGCAAACAUUUAACAAACAGCAAUUAGAACUUUACAUUUGCCAAGCAGUUCGUGAUGGACAGUCGUUGUCUGAUACAAUGAAACAACUCUUUCUAAAUAUUAGUACGGUUCCUAAAGCAGUGAACCAAUUUGUGCAAAACAAAUACACAGAGUAUUUAACUGGAGUGCUGAAGUUCCGCUUCAAAACAGUAGUUUUGAAUACGGUGCGAAAUGGUGAUAGGAAAGGUAUUGAAGACUUUCGUAAACAUCGUGAUACUCUCACUAUAAAAUCAUCUUUUUGGACACAUCGCCUCAGAGAACAGGAACAUAUAGAAUUAAAUAAUUGGUGUGAAAGCUUCUCAGCUUCAUGUUACGACGUUGAGAAAGCCGGACAGUCUAUUAUAGCCAGCACCAAAAAGUAUUUCGAUAUGUGCUUUACAUUGUAUAUUGAUGAAGAAGCAGAAAUAGAAAUGCGUCAAUUACUUGUGGAAUGGUUCAAAUCUGGCCAAAUGAAAAAGACUAGUUUUGAUGCGUGGAAAACAUUCAAAAAUAAAGAAAUUACGCCGCAAAUGAUAAAAAAUAUCGACUGGCAGCAGCUUAGUGGUGAUGAUCGUUAUGCGAACGAACUGGACAAGAUUUUACAGCGUAUCUAUAUUGAUGAAUUCGUUCAUAAAACCGAGUUAUACAACAUAUUGAAUAUCUUUGUAUUCGAACAACCAAGCUUUACAAUUCCCAAUGAUUCUUCGAACAUGAGCGAACUCAUCAUAAGCGGCCGAAUUGUGUUUCUUAGUGAUAUCAAAGGUCAGAUCGAAAGAAAACUUCAAGAUACUGAACAAAUUUCUGAAGUUCGAUUUUAUAUAAAAAACGUUUUCAAUAUUGAUGAAAAUUUAGAAAAUCAGUUGUGGCAUGGCAAGAACAUAGUCAUUAUUGCUGAUAAAGUGCAUAUUUGGAAUACUUGCAUCAUCGAUGUUUCUGGGCGCGGUCACGAUCAGACUGCUGGCAAGAAACGAGCUCGUGAUGGAGAAACUUGCGGUGACCUUAACGGUGCAGAUGGAAAAGAUGGUGAAGCUGGAGAAUCCAGUGGGAACAUGAUUUUUCUUGCGGAAGAAUUGUUUGAAGGGCAGCUACUUACAUUGAAACUGAAUGGAGGGAAUGGUAGUCACGGCGAAGAUGGUGGCAAUGGUGCAAAUGGUAAUAACGGAUACGGCGUAACUCAAGCUGAUCUAGAUUCUCUUAUUUUAACUUACAGAACAUUGUAUUGGGGAAGUAGCGAUCAUUUCUUCAACUUCACACCUUCAGACACUCAAGAACUUGAUCGUAAAGUAGAUACUUACAACAAAUACGUUUUAGCUAAAUUCAAAGGCAGCGAUGGGCGCCAAAUGCAUUGGUCGUACGCCGAGGAUUAUUCAUACUGGUCUACUAGCACGUACGACUUGUACUUUCUUAUCAAAGGUACUGAAGGAACUGCUGGCGGUAUGGGCGGUAAAAACGGAGUAGGUGGUGAAGGUGGCAAUCGUGGUGAAUGUACUGUUCGAACAUUAUAUUCAGGAAAAGAUUUAUGUAUUGGAAACAUCGAACAAAAUGUAGGUCGUAGCGGUGAACAUGGUGUUCUUGGUAAGCCCGGAUGUUUUGGUAAGAAUGGUAAUGAUAUGGCUCUCGUUGAUCGAUCAACAAUUUCUGCUGGCAAAAAAUAUAUUGGCACUGAUGGAAACAUGUCCAUAGAAAUUCAGUAUCGAAUGACACAAGAUGAUUCCCGUACAGAUGGUCAUGAAAAAUGGGUUAACAAGCGAUCAUCCUAUUAUGUCCAUUUCGCAUUAAAAGAAAUUCCGGAAGGCGCAGUGAUGCAAACGGAAAUAGAACAAAGAAGUGAUGUAAAUCGGCAAAUGCAUUCGAAAGCAAUGUGCAAAGCGUCCAUCAUUGUUAGCGAUGUUAUUAAUGAAUUUGCCGAACUGUUUCAGCAAGACGAUGCCGUACUAGCUGAAGCUUGUCGCGCUCAAGAAAAAGCAGAUGCAGAAGAACAUGCUGAAGAUGAAGAACAAGAGCAACAGUCCGUUGCUGAAGAAGUAUCCGUUUUAGUUGAUUGUGUAGACGAAAACAGUAAUAUAUCGGGACUUGGUAGAAUCGGAAAGAAAAGUACAGAUUGGACAAUAUUUUCCAAGCGCUUGAAUAUGUAUAUCAAAGAAAAGAAUGAAAAUGUCGUAGAUUUAGCUUUUGAAUUAUUCGAGUGUGAAGCAACAGAAGAUCAACUCAGAGAAGAUAACGAAAAGAUAGAUCAAAUCAUUAAUGAUUUCAAACAAGCAGUUGCAAAAGAAACAUAUCAACAUUCAAAAUAUGAUCUUGUUCAAAUACAAACAUUGCAUAAUACUAUUGAUGAUAAAAUACAGCAAAAGAAAGUUCUAACUGCAUUACGAACGAAAAAGUCUGAAGUAUUUGAAAACUAUGUGAAUUCCAGCUACAAAUAUGAUCAAAAGUUGGACGAUUUAUCAACAACACUAGUUGGUGUUGAAUCUAAGGAACAGUAUAUUUGUCCAGAUAAGACAACAGUUGUUUCAUCAUUUUUCUCGAAAUUCAAAACUUUGGGCGUUCCAAAAGCAUUAUUAGAUGUUAUGUUUAUUACUUUUGCGCAUUUAAAGAAAAAUUAUGACACCGAGUUAGCAGUAUUUGAUCCUGGUAUGGCUUUCGACUGGAAUGAUGGAGAUGCAGCGAAAUCUCAUUUAAACAAAGUUGACACGACUGCUGCUGCUCCUACAACAUCUUCGACGAGUCAAAGUCAGAAGAAGAAAACAGAAAAAACUUCGCCUCUUGAUAAACUUCAAAAGACCUUUGAACACGAUGGAGAGAUGCUUGAAAAUGUAUUCGAUAGAUUUAACGGAAUAAUUAAUGCAGAUGACACAAAAGUGUUAAUAAAACGAUUCGGAGUGCUGGUGACGAAGAAGAUGGCAGACGAAGUAGCUAAUGAAGAAAACACAGCAGCAGCAGCAGAGACAUCCACAAGCAAUAAACCCAGCGAAUAUUUUGACAUGUUCAAAAGUAAAUUUACGAGUGUUAAAGAUUAUGCUAAAAGUGUUCUUACGAACAAACAUGGUAUGGCAUGUUUCAUAGUGAAAUUCUAUUUUCAAACUCGAGAUAUUCUCAAUUUCAAUCGACUUUUAUUCGUGUGUAAUAUGCUUUCAAAAGCGGAAAUUCUACAUCAAGAAAUAGCACAAACAAUUUUGAACGCUUUGCUCGAUGUCAACGAUCCGGAUUUUACCGAUUUUAUGAUUGAACGCGCACGUAAUCCUUUAGAUGUUCAAAGUGGUCAAUGUGAAAGUUUUAUGAAUGAACAUGGUAUUGAUGCUGCUGCCUACCGAUUUUUAUUAGCUUAUGAACACAAUAUCAAUAGUCGAAUAUACAAAUCUACACGUUAUGCAACUGUCGAACUGCAAGAAAAUUUCAAUCCUCAUGGUUCGCAAAAAUUAAUAUUAUUGAGUGAAAAUGGAAGAAUGUAUUCGCUUCGACCGGAUGUUAGAUAUCGUAUAAUGGUUGCUGCAAGAAAAGAGUUUACCGAUGUUCUUCAUGAAAUGUCCCUUCAAGAGUUAUCGGAUCCAUCUGAAGUUGUAUCAAUUGCAAAUUUCUUUCCCAAAGAGUACAUUUCUAUUGUUACUUCGUGGCUACAUUUAUUUUACAUUGUCAAUAAACCUCAAGCAUCGAUUUUCUUAUCAUUACUUCAUCAACGUUUUCAGCUCGAUGGUUGCCAUCUUUCUGUUAUUGAACUUCAAGGAAUUUUAAAUGCCUACUCACAUGCAUCAGUCAUCUGUCAUGUAGAUGAUGAGUUCUUAACUAAACUCGCUGUUCUGAUGCCACAACAUCAUAUUCUCGAUGCAUUUUUAUACGUGCGCAUUGAAAAUGUAUUGAAACAUCGACUCUUGAGAAGCGAAGGAAUUAAAGUUCUAAAUGCUAUUCAUAUUGUUGAUAGUCCACAUCUAAAAGCAUUAUUGGCAACAAAAUUAAACGAAGCCAAAUUUGAUGAAAAAGUUUUGUUAAAGUUGUUGAUCAUGCUUCGAUAUGCAGUCGACCGAUUUCAAAGAUUAGAAAAAAUGACGUUAACAGAAUGGAUUGAUACAAGUCAACGACAGAAAUGGAGUGCUAUUGGUGAUCUCCUGAGAGACUAUGGUGCAGUUGGCUAUUACUUGGCAUUCUUGGAUAGCCGAAGUCGACCCGAAGAGCCUAUGUUACGCCAAUGUCUUCAGGAAAUUUCAACUACUAGAGUUCUCAUACCGGAAAAAGUCAUUGCACGAAUCGCUUAUCUUAUUGCGUAUGGUGAAGUAAAUGCCAAUGAAGUUUAUCUUGCACGACUUAAAGAAUUGUUUCGCGUCAUAUCUGAAAACUAUUCUCAUUAUUUGCCAUUAGAACAACAAAAUGAUGCGGGUGUACAACUUAAUGGAUAUCCAUUACUUAUGAAUGAACGAAAUCAAAAUGAUUUACUUGCACAAGUCAAAAAGCAUCAUAAUGAAACAUACGAACCAAUCUUUCCUACGGGUGAACGCACUGUUGACAAGCUUAAACAUCUAAUUGUUGGUCAACACGACGAUGACAAACGCAGAAAUGAGAGGCAAUAUGAAAUUGUUAAACUUGCUGGUCAAUUAACUUCGAAAGACUGUGAAAACGCGGCAAUUAUUAAUGAAAUCGAUGCUGCUAUCGCAAAAGUCUUUUCUAGACCACAAGGUCCAGAAAUUCACCUGCGAGAUACACAAAAAAUGGCAAUUUUGAUUGCUGCAGAGAGUCCAAAAAACACGCUUCUACAAGUCAAUACAGGUGAAGGCAAAACGCUUCUCAUCGCAACUCUGGCUAUUCUUCGAGUAAGACAAAAUAAAGUUGUCGACGUCAUUACAAGUUCGCCAGUACUCGCCGCUCGCGAUGUGGAAAAAAUGCAACCCUUGUUUAAAAUUCUUCGUAUUACCGCCUCACACAAUUGUGACGAACAACUUGAUGCACGUAAAUUAGCCUAUAAAAGUCAAAUUGUUUAUGGUGAUAUGCAACAUUUUCAACGUGAUUGUUUAUUGCAUAGCUUUUACAAACAGAAUAUUUUGGGUGAUCGCAAGAAGCAAUGUGUCAUUGUCGACGAAGUUGAUAACAUGUUGUUAGAUAAUGGGAAUAACAUGCUUUAUUUAUCACAUAAUGUCGCUGGCAUGGAAACACUGAUGUCGUUAUUUGUAUUUCUACAUCGUGAAGUCAAUGUUCCAUUGCAUGGUGAACAACAGUAUACUCAAUUUGAUACGAAUAUUAUCCGUAGAAAGGUGCUUGCGGACAUGUUUGGAUACAUUGAUAAGCCGAGUCUUGAAAAAUUACGUCCCGAUAUGAAAAUUGAUGUCAAUCGAGUUUGGCAAAGAUUAAUCGAGAGAAAUAUUAUUGAUCGAGAUGGUUUGUUACAAAUUCAAUCUAGAAAAGAAUUGCCUGAUAAUUUAUUGGAAAUAUUAGAGGCUGUUGUAACGAACAAAUCAUUUGCAACUCAAGUCAAAGAUUACAUAGUCGUCAUUCUUCAUCGUGAAAGAUUGAUUCAAGUUCCACGAUAUUUACACUUCUUCGUACUCCGUCACCUCAAUGAAUUUAUCGAAAAUACAAAACGUGCCAUGUUCAUGCAACACAAUAAGGAAUAUGUUGUUGACGUCGAUCAUAAAAACGCCACAUCUGACUUGAAUCCACGUAUAACAAUCAUUGACAGGAAUACUGGAGUUGAUCUAACGACAUCACAAUGGAGUGAAGGUAUGCAUCAAGCAGUACAAUUGAAGCACGGAUGUCGUUUGUCGCCGAUUAGUUUGAAAGCUAUUUUUGUGUCGAAUGUUGGUUACUUCAAAGGCUACGAACAAAUCAAUGGAUUGAGUGGAACUCUUGGUAGCAUCGAAGAAAGUAAAACAUUAGUGGCUCUAUAUAACGCUGAUUUAGUACGAAUACCAACAUGGAAACCAAAAAGCUUCUAUGAACAUGUACCACUAGUCGCUGCGAGUGAAGGAUUGUGGUUACAAAAUAUAUAUGAAGAAGUAAAGGAUCAAGUUAUUGCACAACGAUCAGUUCUGAUUGUUUGUAAUUCAAUUAGCCAAGUAGAUAUGGUUCAUCAUGGUUUACUGCGGUUACAUCGCUUGGAAAAACAUGCUAUUUCUGGUCGAAGUAAGUUUGCUCAACUUGUUCGUAAACAUUUGAUGAAAGGUGCUUCGUGGAAACGAGUAUUGGUCAACAAGAUUAUGACAGACGCUUUCGAAAAUCUAAUUGCCUAUCGACGAGAUCACGAUCAAUUCGACUUGUCUGGCACUAAUUCACUGCUGAAAAGUCGUAUUAUUGUUGCGACAAAUCUGGCAGGUCGUGGUACAGACAUCGAACUUAAUGAAGGCUUGCAACAAGCAGGUGGACUGCAUGUGAUUGUCGCAUUCUUACCAGAAAACUGUCGAAUAGAAGAACAAGCUUUCGGUCGUGCUGCCCGUUGUGGUCAUCCUGGUUCGGGGCAAAUCAUUGCCUUAAUUGAAGAUGACAAACGUAUUGAUGCAUCGGAAGCGCCAACUAUUUUUCAAUUGAAAGAAUUCCGUGAUAAUGCUGAAGUACAUCGAUUACAAUCAUUGAAGCGACGGUACGAUUAUCACACAGCUGUUGAAGAAAGUUGUUUGAAUAAAUUCUGGGAACAUUCCAGUCGAGUUUUGGAAUCAGUACAAUCGACAAAAAGUACGGGAAACACAAAUGUUUUACCAAUGCCCAUGGAAGUUGUCUAUUUUGCUCUACUCGAUGAAUGGGCACUUUGGCUCGAUGAAAAAACUCCACUUAUUCAACAAUGUGCACGAACAUGCAGUGACAACGAUAAAAAUGCCAUUAUUGCAUCGGUUGAACAUUUUCUUAAAUCGCAUCCACUGGAUAGUGUUAAAGUUGCAAUGAAUUGGAUCAAAUUUCCACAACCAUUGUUAACUCUUGGUUUGAUUGAACUCAAUAACAACAAUACUGACCAAGCCGAGGAGAUUUUCAAGCUAGUACUCGACAAAUUUCCAGACUAUGUUGCUGAAGGUUAUUAUUACAUAGGUGUCAUCAAACAACGAAAAACGUAUCAACGUUAUGGCAAACUUAGUUUCAGUACUGAAUUGUUCGAGCCCGAAGCAUGGAAGCAAUGGCUUGUCGGAACUGAAGAGCGUGAAAUCGUAGCAGCGAUGAAUGCAUUUCAUCAAUCUCGACGUCAUUUUUCACUGCGUAGAUCUCAUCGUGAUGAACUUACAAAUACUGUCGCUCGACUACAACGCUCAAAUGACAGUAUAAUCGGUACAAAUGGUUUUGCUGACCAGCAUCGUGAAUAUGCCGCUGUUUAUGAUUCUAUUGUUGGAAAUAUCGAUAAAUUUCUUGGUAAACCGAUUGAAUCAGCAGACUUACGUCAUGAAGGCAGAGAUGAAUUAAAUGCUAUUAUUAUACGAAAUACACUAAAAGAAUUAGGCAUUACAACAAGAAUUGUAUUGAGUUCGGAAAUCCAUGAUGAUCAAGUUGAGUUUAUUUGCUCUCGUCAUCCAAUUUCACGAAAAGAACUUGUCAACAAGUUGCAAGAACUUCGAAAUCAAGAUGAAGUACACUUUGAAAGUGAAGGACGACCUGAAUUAGAAACAUUUGAAUUACGCCAAUUGUUUAAACUUCCCAGUAGACUUGAAUUUUGGAAUGAACUUCGUGAAUUGAAUAUAUUCACCGAAGAAUCAAAGUAUUUUACUACACGGUUAACCGAAACCAUCGAAGGCUUAAUACCAGUAGAUCCCAAGAUAUUUGAUGAAUUUCAACCGCUACGACUUCAAUUUACUGAUAUUCCAUUAGAUUCAGUGAAAGUCUAUAAACUCGAUGAUGUUACUCAAAUGAAAGACAAGAAUUCGAACUUUGCUCAAUUGAAAAGCUUACUUGAAAGUGGAACGAUUGCUACACAAUUUGUUGCUUUAGUGGAUCCGAACAGAUUGUUUACUCUGCAAGUAUAUAUGAAGAAUUUUGAAGGAUUUACAUUGGAAGAAUUUCAAGAACAUCUGAAUAUUGACGAUGCUGAGAGUAUUCUUUCGAUAUACAUUCAAGAAGAUAUUAUUGCUUGUGGCACUGAUGGCAUAUAUCGUUUAAUAGGAAAACAAUACACAACCGAUCUUCUCCCUGAUGCACUGAAUACUGCUGUUGAGAAGUUUUUUGCAGACCACUUUGCUUACACAUAUGCGCUCGACGCAUUACGAAUUGCGUUUUUACAAGAAUGCGAAAAUCCCAAUGUACCGAAAUUCAUUUACUUACCGACAAAUCCAUACGAAGAUCUACUUAAUGAUAUGUUAGAAUGUGGCAUUGCAAUGCCAUCACGCAUAUCCUUAGCUAUUCCAAGAAAAUUUGAUAGUAAUUAUAAUGAAGCACUGCAAAGUAUCGAACAUCUUCAUGAUUUUGAUAAGAUCAAGGGCAUUAUCGAAACAAAUAGACCGACAAUCGCUGAUGCAAAUUGCCAACUGGUAGCUACUCACAAGUAUGUCCUUGACAAUGGUACGGAUCCAAAUCAGGAACUGAAAUAUUUCAUUUCAAAUGGACUCAAACAAGUUGCCAUUGUAGAAGAUGACACAACUUGGAUUUGGUUAAUGGCUAUUGGCGCGAUUCUUCUGAUCGCUGUUGCUGUGAUUUCGAUUGCAGUUUUGGGCUGGCUUGGAAUAGGUAUUGCGAUUGCUCUCGGUGCCAUUGCUCUUGCUGCAUAUGCUGUUUAUAAAGUGGGUUCGUACGCGUAUUAUCGUAUGACACGAACAAUUGCUAAACGAUCGGCAACUGCUGGCAAAACAGUUGAUUUCGAGUUGACUAUACUACGAGAAUUCAACACGAUUAGUAUUGACGAAGAAAUCGAGAGAAAUGAACAGAAUACGUUACUCAAAAAAGUACAUGAUGGAAUCAAUUCUUUGGCUGACAUAUUAAACAAUCAAUUAAUCGAUAAUAUGAAAGCAGCUAUAUGCUUAGAUGAGUGUCUACCAGAGGAAAUAAGAUCUAAGUUUCACAGGCCACUGAAGCCGGUUACAACGAUGGACCGAGAAAAAGAUGAAAGCACUUUUCAAAUUAUAUCUGCGAGUGUCGAUCGAUCAAUCAAAAGGCAAGAUGUAACCGAUGAAGUUCGCUUUAUUGUAGAAUCUUCCAUGCCAACAAUUGAAACAGAGCUGUACACGAUGUUGAAAUUUUUGCUUAACACUAAGCCAAUGCAACGUAAUCCAAAACUUUUAACGUCAAUGAUCGGUCGUUUGAAAGAGCAGAUCUUCAAAUUAAAAUUUGAUGUUUUGCGAAAACUGGUCGAAAGAACGUGUAAUACACUUGCAGCUAACACGUUAGACGAGACAGACAAAUACGAUGUACCCGAUUCUGGUAAUAUCUACGAAAGUACACUACUAAAGAUCUGUACAGAAAUGAUUGAAGAUCGCUACAGAGACUUCAUUUCCCACGAAGUUUCCCAGACAUUUCGAGAACCUCUUCUACGACGCUUCACGACCUAUGUGAGAAAUUCGACUGUGUUCCGAAACGUGUCGGCAAUAAGUCAACUGGCUAUCAAUUCAGAUAUCGCUGCCAAGAAACAACAGCAAACAUUUGAAAAAAUUGUCGAAGCCAAGAGCCAAAUUCAAUUUCUCGAACAUGAAUUGCAACAGAUAUGUAGCGAAUGCUGGGAAACACGAUACAAUCCUUUGGUAUUACGUUACAUGAUUAUGAACAAAUAUCCAUUACCAAUCAGUGCAGCUUCAAAUGUUGAGAAAGCGAUACAAAAAUUGCUCGAAAAAAUCUUACCUAAUGUGAAAAAAUUCGAAUUAAUAUUGUUAGACAAAGAGCGAAAAACCAUAUACAAUGGAGGUCAAUCAAAAAAUGUUCAUAUUCUCCAACUGACACUUACUCUUCCCUCAAGACACUUUUAUGUUACUUGUAAUAAUUUGUCAAAAGCAGAAGAAAUCGGUACUUCAUGUUUUCUGUAUGAAGGAAUAUGUCAACUCGAUGAACAACUUGGCUCAAUUUUUCAUACUGCUGACGAAUUUGUAACAGAACUUGUUGACUCUUUAGAUUAUUAG